UGGUCAUCCCCUCAGUCCAAGAAUUGAAAACAUAACACCAUAGUCGCUUAGCUUGAAUCCCACCUAUUUGUGUUAUGUUCAGUCCUAUCCUCUCUCUCAGGAACAUGUCCACGUGGUAGUUUUGCAGAGACCACCAGGUGCGUCUCGCAGAAAAAAAAAACAUGAGUCGCUUUCUGAACGUGCUGCGCAGCUGGUUGUUGAUGGUGUCCCUCAUCGCGAUGGGAAACACCGUGCAGAGUUUCAGAGACCACAGUUUUCUGUCAGAGAAGCUCUACACAGGCACACCAGAGUUUGUGAAUGGUCUCCAAGCUCGAACAUUUGGCAUUUGGACGUUGCUGUCAUCGAUCAUUCGCUGUUCCUGUGCCAUUGAUAUCCAGAACAAAACGCUGUAUCACAUCACCUUAUGGACAUUUGUGCUGGCGUUGGGCCACUUCCUGUCUGAAGCCUUCAUUUACAAAACUGCUCCUCUGACUAUCGGGGUCAUGGCACCUCUCAUCGUGGCAAGUUUCUCCAUCGUAGGAAUGCUGAUUGGAUUCCAGUGCGUCCCAGAGUCACAACAGGAGGUCGGAGCAAGACAGAAGAAGCGUAACUGAGUCCUGGCCACCUCCAUUAUGAUCACCAGACACUCGUAGAGUGGUCCGAGUGUGCUGCCUUUUGCCUUGAGGGGAACGACAUCUGGUUGUUCUGUAACACUUUCUAGAGACUAUAUAUAACUUUAUUUGGGCUCUAUUUUACGUGUUUUUUUCGAGUUCACAGGGCAAUCAAAAACAGUCUUACAGAAAGUUAGGCUAUACUAUAACCAUCAAUAUGUGCCCGUUAAUGAUCAAUUCAUUCUGAAGUGAUCAAUACAUUUAGUUCAUUUUGUAAUAUCUGAACUGUCAGUGCUGAGUGAUACUCAUCCACGUGUCAAUUUCUUUGAGGAUGUUUUUAUUUCUCCAGACUACUACGUCCUACACAUUUUUUAAAUUCCUGAUCUACCAAAGAACUCAGAUGACUGAACAGUACACAACUAUGCUCGCCAUUACAAAGUCCACUAUUUCUAUUAACCAGUUAUUCUUGUUGUUGGUUCUGGCUUGUGAAAUGUUUGUGCGCCCUUUGAAUUCAUGCACAAUUAUUGUCCUAUUUUUAUUAAAAAAAAAAAAUUUAAAAAAAAAGUGUUAUUAAAUGUUUUGAUCUCGGACAUGUUCUACAAUAGUAGGAAGCAAAUAAUUUUUGGCUUUGCUUUUGAUAAACAUUUAAUAUUG